AUGAAUACAAAAACAAAAUCCGAUGCAUUAUUGUUUACACCAUUGAGCAUACGUGGCGUAACGCUAAAAAACAGAAUAUGCUUGAGUCCUAUGUGUCAGCAAUCAGCCGUGGAUGGUAUGCCACAAGAUUUUCAUCUGGCUCAUUAUGGGCAAUUCGCGUUGGGAGGCGUGGGAAUGGUUAUGGUUGAGGCCACUAACGUAGAAGAGAGGGGUCGCGGCACUCAUCAAUGCACUGGACUCUGGAAUGACCGGCAAACCGAAGCCUGGGAAAGAGUGACCACAUUAAUAAAAUCGUUGGGUUCGGUUCCAGGCAUACAACUAGCACACUGCGGACCAAAGGCCAGCUGUACGCCCAUUUGGGAGGGCUACCAGUCAUUGGCCAACGACAGGGGCGGGUGGCCUACCAUUAGCGCCAGUGCAGUGCCGAUCGACGGGUCCAUUUGGAAAGUGCCACACGAGGCCACCGAACACGAUAUCAGACACAUGACUCUAUCGUGGGUAGAGUCGGCCAAACGUGCCGUUUCUGCUGGAUUUCAGGUUAUAGAAUUGCAUUUCGCACAUGGUUAUUUAGUGGGCAGUUUUCUGUCGCCGCUAACUAACCACCGAUCGGACAGAUAUGGCGGUUGUCUCGAGAAUCGGAUGCGUUUUGGUUUGGAGAUCGCGCGGGGAGUACGCGAUGCUAUACCCGAUUGCAUUGCAUUAGGUGUGAGACUAUCUGUCACUGAAUACCAUAAGGAGGGCUGGAAUUUAGAGCAAAGCAUUGAAUUUGCAAAACAAUUAAAACAAAUUGGCAUCGAUUUCUUGGAUUGCAGUUCAUCGGGGUUUACGCUGAAUGGGGGACAAACCCCGUUAAACACAUGUCGGGAACAAUUGGAUGCGGCGGCAGUUAUACAGCAAACUGUGGGUUUGGCCACAGCAGCUGUCGGUCAAAUCGUAGACCCUUUUGCGGCCGAAAAUAUAUUGCAGAGUAAUGGGGCUUCACUUAUAAUGAUAGGUCGGGCACUUUUAAACAACUCUCACUGGGCUUAUGAAGCUGCCGAUGCUCUAAAUGCUAAGACAUUUAAAUAUCCCAAACAAUAUGAUUGGUGUAUUGGAUGGACUGGUUUAUCAAACUGGAGGACAAGUAUUUACAGGAAAUGUGAUUCAAAAUAA